AUGUCGCGCGACGACUGCCCCUCUGCCAACCAGAUUCCGUUUGCACCUGGUUAUAGCACCGGCUGGACCUCUACUCCUUCUAUCCCUAUUUCUUCUCUGCAAUCGAACGCCCUGAAAAAUCCCGCGGGCCCGUCCCAGUUCUUAGGCCCAGCUGCCGUUUUGUCUAGAGAAGACCGAGACAGUAUGGCUGUAGUCGGCGGCGUCAACUACGCUCAGCAUUUCAACGACUCGAAUCUCCUUGUAUUUAUUUCACCCGAGAACCCAAGUGUCACGAGACAAGUGGUAGACUGCAAUCAAGGGUUCGAGACAUACAUGUCCUCUAUCUACCCGACUGUCAUGGAGAAGCUCGAUAACACUCCCACCAUCAACCAAGCUUCACCACUCCGGGGGGUUAAUGCCAUUGGGGGGGCGUUUCCAAGCUUUGAUAGAGAAGACUCUACCACACAGUCAAUUGCGAGUCCGCCUUUAAGCAAUAAUGGCUGGACCAAGGAGCAAGACAAACUUCUCAUGAGUCUCAAAGCCGAAGGUCUUGGAUACUCCGCUAUUCAAGAUGAGAUGAGAAAGAAAUUCGGGUGGACUAGAAACAAGAACGUGCUGGUUAAGCGCUUCGCGGUGUUGAAGAAGCGCUGCAAGCCGCAGAUUAAGACUCGCAUUGUUCGAGAUAUAUCCAAAAAGAUCACUCCUGAAAUCAUCAAGGCUGUGGGAAAGGAGCUCGAGAAAGUCACCUCAUCUGGUAGCAGUAGUAUUGCAACAGAGCUCGAGGACUUGGUCCCGUUGAGGCUCCCGGAGUUUCUUGAACGAUUAGUCGCAGAUGUUGGUGUCUCGCUUCACCAGAUAGUUGAAGAAGAUAAAAGAUCAUCUGCUUGA